GACGGCUGUAAACCUGGCCGGGUAACUCGGGGCAUCGCGCAGUGCGGCGCGCGAAAAUAAAAAAAUUAUCUGAAAUUUUCAGCUAUCCAGAUAAUUGCUAGCAGUUUACUAUAACCCAUUACCUUGCCAGUAACUUCUUUUUUACGCAACCAGUGACUAUUACUUGAAAUCUACGAUACUAUGUCCGCGAUUCCUUUCCAGGGCCACAGAAACUUCCGUAUCCGGCUCGUCCUCGCGACGCUUGCCGGGAAACCCAUCAAAAUCACAAAGAUCAGGUCCGACGACUUGAAUCCCGGUUUGAGAGACCACGAAGUCUCGUUCUUGAGGUUAUUAGAAGCCGUAACCAACGGGUCUAUUAUCAAGAUAUCCUACACCGGUACCACAAUCGAAUACUCCCCGGGUAUCAUCAUAGGCGGUUCGCUUACCCACAACUGUCCACCAACCAAACCAGUGGGAUACUUUAUCGAACCGAUGCUCUACCUUGCGCCAUUUUCCAAAACCAAAUUCUCCAUCGUAUUCAAAGGCAUCACGUCGUCCAAGGAAGAUGCCGGUUUGGAGGCCAUUAAGUGGGGCCUUCUACCAGUGAUGGAAAAGUUCGGGGUCAGAGAGGCGGCCCUUCACACCUUGAAGAGAGGCGCCCCUCCGAACGGUGGGGGUGAGGUCCACUUGAAGGUCGACCACUUAAUUCCACAGCCGCUCACAAUGCAUGCGUUGGAGAUGCCAAAGAUCGCCGCCAUCAGAGGUGUGGCGUACUGUACCAGGGUCUCGCCGUCGAUCGUCAACAGAAUGAUCGAUGCCGCCAGAGGGGUCUUGAGAGGUGUUGGCGUAGAGGUGAACAUCACAGCUGACGUGUGGCGUGGCGAAAACUCCGGUAAGUCGCCGGGUUUUGGGUUGACCCUCGUGGCUGAGUCAAAGAAAGGCUGGAGAUUUAUCGCGGAAGAUAUCGGUGGCCCCGGGGAGGUACCAGAGGACAUCGGUGUCAAGGUGGCGUAUGAAUUGUUGGAAGAAAUCAGCAAGAGCGCAGUCGUGGGCAGAAACCAGUUACAGUUGGCCUUGUGUUAUAUGGUCAUCGGGAAGGAAGAUAUCGGGCGUUUACUCCUCAACAAGGAGCAGAUUGACGAAAACAUGAUCUAUUUGUUAAGAGACAUCAAGAAGCUCUUUGGUACCGAGGUGUACUUCAAGGACGACGACAAUGAGAACUGUCUCGUCGCCACCGUCAAGGGUGUUGGUUUCACCAACAGCUCCAAGAAAAUCGCAUAAACAAGCAUAAAAUUGUAUAUUAGCCGUAUGUAGCAAUUGAUGUCUGCCUGUGGAAGGAUU